GCUAGCUGUGGAGCGGGCGGGUGCGGCCGAGGCGGAGCGCCGCGGCGGGCGGACGAGAUGCGAGCGCGGCCGCUCUGGGCGGCGGUGCUGGUGCUGGGGGCGCUGGCAGGCGUCGGCGUCGGAGGGCCCAACAUCUGUACCACACGAGGCGUGAGCUCCUGCCAGCAAUGUCUGGCUGUGAGCCCCAUGUGUGCCUGGUGCUCAGAUGAGGCCCUGACUCCGGGCUCACCCCGCUGUAACCUGAAGGAGAAUUUGCUGAAAGAUAACUGUGCCCUGGAGUCCAUCGAGUUCCCCGUCAGUGAGGCGAGCAUCCUGGAGGCCAGGCCCCUCAGUGACAAGGGCUCUGGAGACAGCUCCCAGACUACUCAAGUCAGUCCCCAGAGGAUUGCGCUCCGGCUCCGGCCAGAUGACUCGAAGAUUUUCUCAGUCCAAGUCCGGCAGGUGGAGGAUUAUCCUGUGGACAUCUACUACUUGAUGGACCUGUCCUACUCCAUGAAAGAUGACCUGUGGAGCAUCCAGAACCUGGGUACCAAGCUGGCCUCCCAGAUGCGCAAGCUCACCAGUAACCUGCGGAUUGGCUUUGGGGCCUUUGUGGACAAGCCUGUGUCACCGUACAUGUACAUCUCCCCACCAGAGGCCCUCAAAAACCCCUGCUAUGAUAUGAAGACCCCUUGUUUGCCCAUGUUUGGCUAUAAACAUGUGCUGACGCUAACUGACCAGGUGACCCGCUUCAAUGAGGAGGUGAAGAAGCAGAGUGUGUCACGGAACCGAGAUGGCCCAGAGGGUGGCUUUGAUGCCAUCAUGCAGGCUACAGUCUGUGAUGAGAAGAUUGGCUGGAGGAACGAUGCAUCCCACUUGCUGGUGUUCACCACUGAUGCCAAGACCCAUAUAGCACUGGAUGGAAGGUUGGCAGGGAUUGUCCAGCCAAAUGAUGGGCAGUGUCAUGUUGGCAGUGACAACCAUUACUCUGCCUCCACUACCAUGGAUUAUCCCUCUCUGGGGCUGAUGACCGAGAAGCUAUCCCAGAAUAACAUCAAUUUGAUCUUUGCAGUGACUGAAGAAGUAGUCAAACUCUACCAGAACUACAGUGAGCUCAUCCCAGGGACCACAGUGGGCGUUCUGUCUGCCGAUUCCAGCAAUGUCCUCCAGCUCAUUGUUGAUGCUUAUGGGAAAAUCCGUUCUAAAGUAGAGCUGGAAGUACGUGACCUUCCUGAGGAGUUGUCUCUAUCCUUCAAUGCCACUUGUCUCAACAACGAGGUCAUCCCAGGCCUCAAGUCUUGUGUGGGACUCAAGAUUGGAGACACGGUGAGCUUCAGCAUUGAGGCCAAGGUACGUGGCUGCCCCCAGGAGAAGGAAAAGUCUUUCACCAUCAAGCCUGUGGGCUUCAAGGACAGCCUCACCGUCCAGGUCACCUUCGACUGUGACUGUGCCUGCCAGGCCCAUGCCGAGCCUUACAGCCGCCGCUGCAACAAUGGCAAUGGGACCUUUGAGUGUGGGGUAUGCCGCUGUGAGCCUGGCUGGCUGGGGUCCCAGUGUGAGUGCUCGGAAGAGGACUACCGCCCCUCCCAGCAGGAUGAGUGCAGCCCCCAGGAGGGCCAGCCUGUCUGCAGCCAGCGGGGCGAGUGCCUCUGUGGCCAGUGUGUCUGCCACAGCAGUGACUUCGGCAAGAUCACGGGCAAGUACUGCGAGUGUGAUGACUUCUCCUGUGUCCGCUACAAGGGGGAGAUGUGCUCAGGCCAUGGCCAGUGCAGCUGUGGGGACUGCCUGUGUGACUCCGACUGGACCGGCUACUACUGCAACUGUACCACACGCACCGACACGUGCAUGUCCAGUAACGGGCUGCUGUGCAGCGGCCGGGGCAAGUGUGAAUGCGGCCGCUGCGUCUGCAUCCAGCCAGGCUCCUACGGGAACACUUGUGAGAAGUGUCCCACCUGCCCCGAUGCCUGCACCUUUAAGAAGGAGUGUGUAGAGUGUAAGAAGUUUGACCGCGGAACCCUAUUCAAGGAAAAUACCUGCAACCGUUACUGUCGCGAUGAGAUCGAGUCUGUGAAGGAGCUUAAGGACACUGGCAAAGAUGCAGUGAAUUGUACAUACAAGAAUGAGGAUGACUGUGUCAUCAGAUUCCAGUACUAUGAAGACUCCAGUGGAAAAUCCAUCCUGUAUGUGGUAGAAGAGCCAGAAUGUCCCAAGGGCCCCGACAUCCUGGUAGUCCUGCUUUCCGUGAUGGGGGCCAUUCUACUCAUCGGCCUUGCUACUCUGCUCAUCUGGAAGCUCCUCAUCACCAUCCAUGACAGGAAGGAGUUUGCAAAAUUUGAGGAAGAGAGAGCCAGAGCAAAAUGGGACACAGGCAACAACCCACUGUACAAAGAAGCCACAUCCACUUUCACCAACAUCACCUACCGGGGCACUUAAUGACAAGCGGUCGUCCUCAGAUCACUCUCAGACUGUCCCAGGAUUGUGGGCAUCUGUGCUGUUGUGUUUACAGGGGACAAUAUCUGUGGGGUGGGAUUCAGGGCUUGGAGUGGGGUGGGGUUGGGAGAAUGUCAGUAUGUGGAAGUGUGGGUCAGUAUGUGGACACGUGUGCGUGUGAGUGUGCUGCGUGUGGGGGAACGUGUAAUUUAAAACUUGUGACGUGUCCCAGAUAAGCAGAGCUCCUCAGCCUUUGUCCUCAGAAUGCCUCAGAUUCUUCCUGCUUAACCUGAGUGUGACCUACAUAGCUGAGUGGGUGUUCUUCACUACCUCAGUGAGAAGCCAGCUUUCCUUCUCGGGCCAGUCUCCCUGAAGAGAGGGGCAGAGCUGAGGCCUGUCAUUCCAGAGAAAGGGACCAUGACUCGACUGGGAGUUGAUGGUUUUUUGGCCCGACUCUCAGCAGCCAUAGUAGGAACCGCUGGGCUUUGCAGCCUUCUUGUGUCACCUGUACUUCUAUCUCCUUUCCCUUACCUCAAGCUGAAGGAGAAAUCAGGGGAGAGCUGAACCAUCAGAGCCUGUCCCUUUGCCAUCACCUCAAUCCAGCAUGGUUAUCUCAUAAGGGGAGCCCUUGCUGCUUAAUUCUUUGAUCUGUUGGGAGAGAGGAUGGCAGGGCCACUGAGGGGUCAUGCAUGGCUUGGGAGAAUGUGCCAGGGUCCCCCAGUUCAUAAUCAUAGCCCUUCAGAUUUGCCCCAUUGGCAGCUCCACCCUAGAGGUUCAUUUAGGUGUGUUUUACCCUUGGACCAGCACCACCUCUUACCUCUCACUUCCACAUGCUCACUGUUGUAGAUGUUGGCUACAUACUGGGGCUUUCUCUCAUAACCAAAAGGUUUUCCUCCCAGGGAGGGUGCUAUGGUUAGAGUCUGAAGUCUGGCCCACCCUUCAGGCCUUCUGCCCCUUGUCCAAGACAUCUCCACCCCCCGCACUCUGUGCUUCUGUGUGCUAUAUCCAUCCACGGGGCUGAUUGCAAUUUAUCUACCUCUGGGGUGUCUUGUGAAGGAGUCAUUCCCAUGGGUCUCUGAGUCUGCUGGGCAUAAAUGCCAGGGUGGAAUGAUGGGCCAGUUGUGUCAGCGUGUGUGGCCUAUUCUGUGGGCUGGGCCACCUCAUUUUAACUCAGUCGUUAAUCUAAGAGGCCACAAGUGCAAUCUUAUUUUAUUUUUCUCACUGGGGCACCUGAAACCAUGAUGAGGCUUGCUUAAACUAAAGAAACAUGUAUAUAAAAAUACUUGUAUUAUAUUUGUAAUUUUAUUUGAUGACAAGGAAGGAGAGUAGAAAAAGCCACACAGACUUGGGCUGGAUACAGACAGGCCCUCUUGGCAUCAGUCAUAACCAGUCACUGCCCAGUUGCUGGAUCUGUAAGGGCUCUCUCAUCCUGGAAGCCUGUGGGGAUGGACGCAUAGACAUGCUGGACUUUCCCUGAGGAGGAAGGAAAUUGGCUGUUCCUUUUUUCUAGCAAUAGCAGAUGCUCUACUGGUGUUUACAUUUGUUCAACAUUUAAUAACCACUCUCACCCGCUCCAGAAAAAGGGAAGGGGCUAUAAACAGUGGUCUGAUGAUCAAAAAAUCUAAGUCCUGGCCUCAGCGUUACAGCUAACAAAUCUUUAGCCUUAGUUGAGGCAAGUCAUUUUCUUCUCCCUGAGGCCCAGUUUUCUAGUUUGAACAAUGAUGGGUUUGGAGCAGCCAGUCUAGAAGGUGUCUUCCAGUAUCACCAUUCUAAGAAGCUGGGACUUAAGUGUGACGUCAAACAUGCGGUGAAGAUUCUGUGGGAUGUUGAUAUUGUUUGCUUUUUAGUUGGGAGAUCUGAGAGACCUGGCUUUGGCAAGAGCAGAUGUCAUUCCAUAUCACUUUUCUCAAUGAAAAAGCCUCAUUCUAUCCUCUCUUAGAACCCCUUCUCCAACUUUUGUUAGCAGUGACCUCUCCUGAUGUAGCACUUAAGCUCCACUUAAUUCUUAUUUCUUAAUUCACUUUGCACCCAAUUUGCACCCACGUAUUAGGGAAGAGGAAUCCAAAAGAAGUAACUGAAAUGUGUGUUCUGUAUCCAGGUGUUAACCUGGAGAAUUAGGGGUGGGACAAAUGACCGAGCCCUGUCGCAACUGAGACAAGAGUCCAUUAGAACAGUAGCUGGACUUUAGAUAAAGAUGGCUUAUAUGAAGAGACUCUAUCAAAGGAGGAAGAACGUGUAUCCAAAAGAUGAAAACAUCAGUAGGAAUCUUGUCUGAGCUUCUGGAAUGAGGUUCAUGGGCCUUGAAGACCAGUACUGUUUGUCUAUCUGUGGGGAGAACCUGCAGCUGUGCAGCCGUCAGUUUUGGCGUCGUGUAGGGUGAACAUCCAAAUAGUAUUUUGGCGCCAGAGAACACAGCCCAAAGAGGUGAUUUGUGCCCAGCUCUUUGGGAGAUAUUUUAUGUUCAAUCUCAGGGUCUCUGGACAGUAAUGGGAAACUUUGAACAUUCCUGACACAUGAAGAGUCGUUCUUUACCUUUCAGAUAUUCCUAGACCAUCCAAGAUUUCAAGAUACUUUUCUUUGUUAAUUAUUCCUGGUUGAAAUGACUUAAGUGCCCUUCUUACUUCCUAACCACCUCCUGUGUUUGAGUUGUGCAACAAUAAAUUAAAUCUGUUUUCCAAAAAGAAUUGACCUAAGGCUGCCCAGUGCUUCCUGUGUUGUUUUUUCUGUCUCCUUUGGGUGAAAAGAAUAAGUGUUAUUGCCUUGCAAAUGAUUAUUUUAGAACAAGCAUGUUUCCAAAUCUAACAGAAUGAUGACUACUAUGGGAACUAAAGCUAGCUUCAGACUUUUCUUUCGACUUUAAUAACCUUUUCAAAAUGAGUACAUUAUUACUGUUCUAAAAGUUAGUUUUGGUUUGAUUUUGUUUUUUCCUAAUUGGUGAUUUUUAGGAACUUGUGUGGCCUCAACAGAACAGACUGUCAAUGUAUUGUAGGGUUUGUUUACAGAAAGAAUAAACUAGUAAAAUAAAGGCUCAAUGGCAAAUUA